AAUAUGUCAAUUGUAUAUCCCGGAACUUCCGGCAGGCCAAACGGAAGUAGGUACGUGGCCGCUUCAGCUGACAGUCUGCAUGAUGGCGACUGAGGUUCAGAGCGGCGACCUCGACAGCGCACCUUCCAGCCGGCUCGAAGUCUCCAUCGACGGCCUCACGCUCAGCCCGGACUCGGAGGGCGAGCAGGGCCAGCCGGAGCAGCCGCCGCCGCAACCCGCCGCCGCCGCGGAGCCCGACGGCCAGAAACCGGCUACCGCUGAGGGCGGCGACGACGACGGCGACGACGCAGACAAAUCCUCCGUGGAGACGAAAUGGGGCUUUCCUCUGCAAGAGCUGUACGGAAUGGCUCUUAAAUUCUUCAAAGAUAAGGACGGCAAAGCCUUCCACCCGACCUACGAGGAGAAGCUACGGCUGGUGGCGCUGCACAAACAGGUUCUGCUGGGGCCUUACAACCCCGACGCUUCCCCCGAGGUGGGCUUCUUUGACGUGCUGGGCAACGACCGCAGAAAGGAGUGGGCCUCCUUGGGCAACAUGGAGAAGGAGCAGGCCAUGGUGGAGUUUGUGCGGCUGCUCAACAAGUGCUGUAACCUCUUCGCGCCAUACGCCACCUCACACAAGAUAGAGAGAGAGGAGCAAGACAGGAAAAGGAAGGAGGAAGAGGAGCGUCAGCGGCGGGAGGAAGAGGAGCGGGAGCGACAGAGGCGGGAGGAGGAGAGGCGGAGGCUGGAGGAGGAGGAGAGGCACCGGCGGGAGGAAGAGGAAAGAAGACAGGCCGAGGAAGAGAGGCUACGGGUCGAGCAGCAGAAGCAGCAGAUCAUGGCCGCCUUGAACGGCCAGACGGCGGUGCAGUUCCAGCAGUACGCCGCCCAGCAGUACCCCAACAGCCCCGAGCAGCAGAUGGGUCUCAUCCGGCAGCUCCAGGAACAGCACUACCAGCAGUACAUGCAGCAGCUCUAUCAAGUCCAGCUGGCCCAGCAGCAGGCGGCGUUGCAGAAGCAGCAGCAGCAACAGCACGCCGACUCCGUGGCGCACGGCCACCAGGAGGCCGGUAGUCUCUGCGCCUCGGCGGCCGGGCCCACGUGCGCGGCGGCCUUGCCACCUUCGGGCGAGGACGCGCCCACCGUCAACGGCGGCGACUCCUAUCUGGAAAACACGGAGCGGGAGCUGGAGCCCGAGCCGGCCGAGGAGGUGUCGGAGAACGGGCCGUUAUUUGACUCGCCGCCCGUCAUUGCCGCUCCCUCAAUGUGGACGCGGCCCCAAAUCAAAGACUUCAAAGAGAAGAUCCGCCAGGAUGCCGACAGCGUGAUCACGGUGGGGCGCGGCGAGGUGGUGACGGUGCGUGUGCCAACGCACGAGGAAGGCUCCUACCUCUUCUGGGAAUUCGCCACGGACUACUACGACAUCGGCUUCGGGGUCUUCUUCGAGUGGACGGAUGCGGCGUCUGCCUCGGUCAGCGUCCACGUGUCGGAGUCGAGCGACGAGGAUGAGGACGAUGAAGGCGAGCCCGCCAGUGAGGAGGAGAAGGCCAAGAAGGAGGCGAGCAAGCCUCAGGUGGUCGAGAUAGUGCCGGUGUACCGGCGGGACUGUCACGAGGAAGUGUACGCCGGAAGCCACCAGUACCCCGGCCGCGGCGUCUACCUGCUGAAGUUCGACAACUCCUACUCACUAUGGCGCUCCAAGAGUGUUUACUACAGAGUCUACUACACCAGAUAAGCCUGAGGACAAACAACGGGGGCCAGGGGCAGGGGAGUCAAGGAGUGUGUGUGCGUGUGUCUGUGUGUGGGGGUGUGUGUGUGUGUGUCAAUAUAUACAGUGUGUGUGUAUAUAUAUAUAUAUAUAUAUAUAUAUAUAUUUGUGUUUGUGUGUCAGGGAAGGGAGAUGAUCUGUUCUGAAGCCACCACCAGAGGGCGACAAAUGAACACACCUGAAGCCCAGUUGCGUUUUUUAUUUUUAUUUUUUUUUUGGUGAAGGGACCAAUGUAUGGAAUUAUUUGUCCCUCCCCCCACAUGGAAGACAAGUUUCUAUUCCCGUCAACCACAUUUUCCCAAAAAAGGUUGGGAUCCAUGGGAUUGAUCUUUUUUUUUUUCAGCUUGUUACAAUUUAUGAAGGAAAAAGCAUCACGUAGCACGCUGUAGGGUUCAUGCCAAAUGGUCUCCAGAAUCUCACUGAGUAUACAACACGGGAUUUAAAUUAAUAUUGCAACUACAAGUGAAUGCAGCACGUUCAUUAUUUUAACAGCAGCUUUAAUUUUUCUUUCUUCAAUUCUAACACUUCAUUUUUUUACCCUAAAGCAACAUGCCACAUCUUUUGUGCGAUUAUGUUCUCCCGUGUCCUGAGGUUUUGUUGUUUUUCACCAGUUGACUCGCUCAAGCCUUUGUAAUGUAAAUAAUUCUAUAAAUAAGUUUAUGUCAGGGAGGGUUUUUAGACAAGGUCGAAGGGUUUGGAAAAUUCAGUGCACUGUUGAAAGUACGGCAAAUAAGGUAAACGUUAUACAUUUGACCCCAACUGAAUUAAUAUCUAAAUGGUGGGGGAAUAAAGGUAUAUAACUCUGCAAGACUGUUGACAUGGCAGAAAGCGGAGGCAUAUUUUUGUUUUUGUAUUGUUUGAGUCUCUAUGAGUUGGAAGAAUCUUUUUGGGCAUAUUGAAUCUUGAUUAAAGUUAUGUUCAUCUCUUGGA